UUAUUUCGUUAGUUUAGUUUUUGUCGUUUAAGUGAUAUAACGCAAUGGCUAAUAAAGCGACAAAAUGUUGCUUCAAUCAUUUUUUUCGACGGUUCAGUACUCCAGCGAUACCAGCAUACAAUUUGAUACCUAAAGCUUACACGGGUCCUUCUAUCGCAAAAACGGACAGUCUCAAAUUGAAUCAUAUUUCGCCCGUUGUUUACGAUUUAUAUAAGAAACCCCUCAUAAUACAUCAAGGCAGCAUGCAAUGGCUUUACGAUCAUGAAGGAAGGAGGUAUUUGGAUCUUUUUGGAGGGAUAGUCACCGUCUCCGUCGGACAUUGUCAUCCGAAAGUUUCAUCAGCUCUACACGAGCAGAUUGAUACUCUAUGGCACACGACCAACAUUUACCGUCAUCCCAAACUCUAUGAGUACGUAGAGAAACUAAUUGCAAAAUUCCCUGGAGAUCUAAAGGUUGUAUAUUUAGUGAACAGCGGUACAGAGGCAAACGAUCUCGCUGUAGUCCUCGCGAAGGCUUUCACAGGCAACAAUGACGUCAUCUCCCUACAGAGUGGCUACCACGGCUGCUCCUACGGGGUGAUGGGUCUCACCUCAACGCAGGCGUACCGACAACCUAAUAUAUCGCACGCUGGAUUCUAUAACGCGUUGUUACCGGACCCUUACCGUGGUAUUUGGGGCGGCUGCAGGGACUCCCUGUCGCAAGUCCCCGACGCGUGCAGCUGCCCUGGGGAUUGUGUCACCUCUGAUAAAUAUGCACAUCAACUGAGCGAGCUUCUAGAGAACUCAGUGCCUGCUGGUCGUGUGGCAGCACUGUUCGCGGAGAGUAUACAGGGUGUUAACGGCGCUUUGCAGUUCCCUAAGGGUUAUUUAAGAAAAGCGUACCAAUUGAUAAAAAGUUAUGGAGGACUGUAUGUCGCUGAUGAAGUACAAACCGGUUUUGGUCGGACUGGGGAUACAUUCUGGGGUUUCGAGAAUCAAGGCUUUACUCCAGACAUAGUUACUAUGGCUAAGGGCAUCGGGAACGGCUUCCCAUUGGCUGCAGUGGUCACGACAAAGGAGAUCGCAGCAGCGCACGCGCAGGCUGCGUACUUUAAUACAUUUGGCGGUAACCCACUCGCAGCUGCGGCGGGAAAGGCUGUUUUAGAAGUUAUAGAAAAAGAGAACCUUCAAGAAAACAACAAGGUAAUGGGAAGGUACUUCAUCGAGCAGCUGAUGGAACUACAGAAGAUCCACCCGGUGAUCGGAGACGUGAGAGGCAAAGGCCUCAUGCUGGGUUUAGACCUCAUCAAGCCGGGCACCAAGGAACCCAUGUCUGUUGACCAGUUCAAAAACAUCUUUGAAACGAUAAAAGAUCUCGGUGUAUUGAUAGGACGUGGUGGAAGGUGGAAUAAUGUUCUCAGAAUUAAGCCGCCAAUGUGUAUCAACAAACAAGACGUCGAUUUCUCUAUAUCUGUAUUAGAUGAGGCUUUUAAACGACAUAAAUAUUAAC